UAUUAAACAAUGUUUAUUAAAGAGUGUGGUGAUAGUCUUGUUCCGUUCAUGAUUUAGUGCAGUAAUAACCCUUUGUCUUUUCUAAGCACAAACAGUGGUAACAAGCAUAGAGCUCAAACAGAGACAAUGAAAUGUGAGUAUAGAUAAACAUGAACAAUUCAUGUCACACUUUUCAUCCAUGGCCAGGUUUGGCUUUCCUCGUACCACCUUCUAUUCUGUCUCUGCGCCCACCAUUUUCCAAAACUCAAUAUCUUCCUUCUCCUCCAUUUCCUUCAAACCCCAUUUGCAAGUUCACAACUUUUCAGAUACCAAACAACUACUCGUCACCUUGUGUUCCAAAGGGCACAUCAAGGAAGCAUUUGAGAGCUUCGUGUAUGAGAUAUGGGAAGAACCUCGUUUGUUCUCAAAUCUCCUCCAAGCAUGUAUUCCCACAAACUCUGUUUUCGCAGGAAAACAGCUUCAUUCUUUGAUAUUGACUUCUGGGUGUUCCUCAGAUAAGUUCAUUUCUAAUCACCUUCUCAAUCUUUACUCAAAAUUUGGUGAACUUCAUGCUGUAGUUAAACUGUUUGAUGGAAUGCCAAGGAGGAACAUUAUGUCAUGUAACAUCAUGAUCAAGGCUUAUCUCGAAAUUGGCAACUAUGAGAAUGCCAAGAAGCUGUUUGAUGAAAUGCCUGAGAGAAAUGUUGCUACUUGGAAUGCAAUGGUCACUGGGUUGACCAAGUUUGGAGCGAAUGAAGAGUCUUUGUUCUUCUUUUCACAGAUGAAUGCGUUGGGUUUUGUGCCGGAUGAGUAUUCAUUUGGUAGUGUACUUAGGGGAUGUGCACAUUUGAGAGCUUUGUUUGCAGGGCAACAAGUUCAUGCUUAUGUUGUGAAAUGUGGGUUUGAGUUUAAUUCGGUUGUUGGAUGCUCUUUGGCGCAUAUGUAUAUGAAAGCUGGAAGCUUGCUUGAUGGGGAGAGAGUUAUCAAAUGGAUGCCAAAUUGUAACGUGGUUGCUUGGAAUACACUUAUGGCCGGAAAAGCUCAAAAUGGGUACUCCGAGGGAGUUCUGGAUCAUUACUCUAUGAUGAAAAUGGCAGGUUUUAGACCAGAUAGAAUUACUUUUGUGAGUGUGAUCAGUUCAUGUUCGGAGUUAGCCACCCUUGGUCAAGGGAAGCAGAUUCAUGCUGAAGUAAUCAAAGCAGGAGCUAGUUCUGUAGUUUCUGUAAUUAGUUCAUUGGUUAGUAUGUACUCUAGAUGUGGAAGUUUGGAAGAUUCCAUCAAAGCUUUUUUGGAAUGCGAAGAGCGAGAUGUUGUAUUAUGGAGCUCAAUGAUUGCUGCUUAUGGCUGUCAUGGUCAAGGCGAAAAAGCCAUCAAGCUAUUCAAUGAAAUGGAACAGGAGAAUUUGGCGGGAAAUGAAGUUACGUUCUUGAGUUUGCUAUAUGCUUGUAGUCAUUGUGGACUGAAGGAUAAAGGGCUUGAUUUCUUUGACAUGAUGGUAAAGAAGUGUGGACUCAAGGCUAGACUAGAACACUAUACUUGUGUGGUUGACUUACUAGGAAGGUCUGGUUGUUUAGAGGAGGCAGAGGCUAUGAUACGAUCCAUGCCUGUAAGAGCAGAUGCGAUUAUAUGGAAAACAUUACUAUCUGCAUGUAAAAUCCAUAGGAAUGAAGAAAUGGCAAGAAGGGUUGCUGAAGAAGUUCUUAGAAUUGAUCCUCAAGACUCGGCUUCAUAUGUUCUACUUGCUGGUAUUCAUGCCUCAGCCAAGAGGUGGCAGAAUGUUUCUGAGGUGAGGAGAGCCAUGAAAGACAAGAUGGUGAAGAAAGAGCCAGGCGUAAGUUGGGUAGAAGUGAAGAAUCGGGUUCACCAGUUUCGUAUGGGUGACGAAUGCCACCCCAAGUCAGUCGAGAUUAAUCUGUAUCUGGAAGAAUUAACUUCAGAAAUGAAGAUGCGGGGCUAUGUGCCUGAUAUUAGCUCUGUCUUACAUGACAUGGACAUCGAGGAAAAGGAAUAUAACUUGACACACCACAGUGAGAAAUUAGCUAUUGCUUUUGCUUUGAUGACCAUCCCAAAGGGAGAGCCAAUAAGAGUGAUGAAAAACUUGCGGGUUUGCGGUGACUGUCAUAUUGCAAUCAAGUACAUAUCAGAGAUGAAAAACAGAGAAAUUAUUGUGCGCGAUUCAAGCAGGUUUCACCAUUUCAGAGAUGGGGUAUGUUCUUGUGGAGAUUAUUGGUAAUAUUUAUUCCUUAAUUUCCCUUUUGGAAGCUGUUCAUGAUCUUGCAGCGUUUGCAAGUGAGAGAUACUAUGAUGAAGUUCUUGCUAUAGCUCUUCAGUCAACCAAUUUUCUUCUCAUUUUUCACGACCCUUUUACAAUAGCAAUUAAAGUUUUCAUAUCACUAUUCCUUCUCAUUUAUUGGUCUUGUCAAAAUUUAGAAGGAAAACUCAUAAUUGAUGCUCUGCCUAAUACCUCUGAUAGUCCCAAGACACCUUGAUCACUUUCAUGAGCAAGAUGAGGGUAGGGUACCUACAAUGAAUCCACAAUCAAGUCAUUAUACAUACCCUUGCUGUGCGCGCUUAUAUAGUGGGUGAGUGGGAGGUUAUUGGAUAACUGCAUAGGAAACAUGUUAGUAUUGAAUGGUUUUGUGCUCUCAUAUUCAGGCAGUUACUAAGAAGUGGACAUGACCACCCAGAAGCAUACAAGAUGUGGACCCUAAUGGUCCAUGAUAGAAUAUUACAAUAUAUAGUACGUCUACCUUCCAUGAAAGAUCAUUUGUUGCUGACACUAAAAAUGGAAUAAGGGACAUGAAUCAUAGAGGAGUGUCUGUUAUUCUUUUGCUUGUCCUUGUUGGCACCUGCAGGGUGAUUGGUGAUGGGAUUCUUACCCCAGCUAUUUGAGAUAGAAUAUGCUGGCCACAACAACAGCAGCCAUAGUUGCGAGCUAGGCCACCAUAACUGCAACUUUCUCGACUGUUAAGCAAGCCCUUGCUCAUGGAUGUUUCACCAGAGUUAUAGUAGUAUAUACAUCAAUGAAAUUCCUUGGUCAGACAUAUAUAUUCCAGAUAUCAAUUGGAUCUAUAUUAAUUUUUGUGUUGCCGUUACUUUUGGGUUUGAAAAUCAAAAACAGAAUGAAAAUGCUUAUGGUAAGUUCUUUCCUUGUUGAAUGUUCUGAUUAAUACUAUCACGCUAUUAAACAUACCCAAGAUGUAAAUUUUCAAUUUCAGGUUUGUAAGACAUUUGUGACACAAUAUGAUCUUAAUACCAGAAUAUAGUGUAAGCUAAUAAAAGAUGAAAUUGCAUAAAAAAUAAAUAAAUAAAAGACAUACAAUUAUUGCAAUCAUGUUAUGUUUAUUCUAGCUUAGAAAACUAGUCAUCCUUUUUUUUCUUCCGUAAAAAGUAAUAUAAGCACUAAAACUUUCCUUUGACAUUAUAAUAAUUUGUCAUCUUUUAAGGUAAAACUAUCUUCUGAAAACCUUGGAGUGCUCAAACGUCCUUCAAUUUAUACUUGAGCACCAAGCCAUAGGUUCUUCAAACACCAAUGUAUUUAAAUGAAUGCUACAAAUAUUAUUAUCCAUGUAUGGUAUUCUCCCUACUUUUCUCGUCAAAUGUUUAAGCAGUACUACAUUUGCAUGUCAUGUCAUAACUGGAGGCAGUUUAGGGAGUUUGGUAACACUCGGAGCAUAUUAAAUGCUAUACCUUUGUUUUACAGCUUACCUUUCUUGCGAGGACUUUGGUACCUUGGUGUUUUGUAUGGUACUGCAAUUUGUCGUAAUGGUCCUUAUAAUAUUUUUAAGAGGACAAAACAGUAUUGGAGAAAUAUUAAACUGUCACAUAGUCCUUUUAACAUUUUUUUAGUGAAUAUAAUUUGACCUUGUAGACCUAAUUAAUAAUGUGCACCAUGAUUGUGAUUAGAGGAGUAGUCGAAUAUGAAAAUACUUUGGAUUGGAGUACUAUGAAAGACUUGAUGCCUUUUUUAAGGACUAAUUUACUUUCAGUAAAAUCUUUUAGUACUAAUUUGAAAAUUUAA